GCAGCCACGAGAAGAGAGAUAGAAAGAGAGGGGUAACUUUACCGGCAUACCUCGCUUCUUCCUCUCCUCCUCCUCCGCCUCUUACGUUUGCAGUGAGAGGGAGAAAUUAAUCGAGCGAGAUGGGGGCUUACGAACUCAUAAAGGGAGAAGAGAACGCCGGCGCCGCCGCUUUGGAGGCGCUGCAUUCGACGGAGGACCUUGAGACCAUUUGCGACGCUUCGUGGAAGAAGGAUAAGCCUUCCGCAUCCGCCGUCGCCACGAGGAACCGCCUCGUCUCGCUUGACGUGUUCCGGGGCCUCACCGUCGCGCUCAUGAUAUUUGUAGAUUAUGCUGGAGGAUUUCUUCCGGCUGUCAAUCAUAGUCCUUGGAAUGGCAUAGCACUUGCUGAUUUUGUCAUGCCAUUUUUCUUGUUUAUAGUUGGAGUAGCACUUUCCCUUACAUAUAAGAGAGUGCCAAACAAAGUUUUAGCAACCAAGAAGGUGAUACUCCGAGCGUCAAAGCUCUUUCUUGUAGGUCUUAUUGUUCAAGGUGGAUACUUCCAUGGGCUUCGCAAUUUAAAUUAUGGUGUUGACAUGUCAAAAAUCAGAUGGAUGGGGGUACUACAGAGAAUUGCAAUAGCCUAUUUGUUUGCUGCUAUAUGUGAAAUUUGGCUCAAAACCGAUGAUAAUAUUGACUCUGGAAGUUCUGUUUCUAGGCUAGACAAACUUCAAUUAUUGCUGUGCUUGGUUCUUACUGCCAUUUACACAAUCCUAUUAUAUGGUUUAUAUGUUCCUGAUUGGCAAUAUGAGAUACCAGCUGAAGGUUUUACAACUAAGUUCUUCUCAGUGAAAUGUGGGGUGAGGGGUGACACAGGACCUUCAUGCAAUGCUGUGGGAAUGAUUGAUCGCAAAAUCCUUGGCAUCCAACAUCUGCAUCAUCACCCUGUUUAUGAAAGAAUGAAGCAAUGCAGCAUCUAUUCGCCAGCAAGUGGCCCCCUUCCUUUUGAUGCCCCUUCAUGGUGCCAAGCACCUUUCGAUCCUGAAGGUGUACUCAGCUCUGUCAUGGCAAUUGUUACUUGCUUGAUCGGGUUGCAAUUUGGGCACGUGAUCAUACAAAUGAAGCAUCACAAGGCUAGAAUCAUCCACUGGGCUAUUCCUUCAUUAUUUCUGAUAACAUUGGCCUGUAUUAUGGAGGUCAUUGGAAUGCAUAUCAACAAGCCUCUAUACUCAGUAAGUUACACCUGCAUCACUACUGGGGCUGCAGGCAUUCUGUUCACUGUAGCAUAUGUUCUGGUUGAUGUGUUUGGCUACAGGAGGCCAACCUUGGCCAUGGAAUGGCUGGGGAAGCAUGCACUUAUGGUGUAUAUUCUAAUAGGUUGCAACAUUUUGCCGGUUCUCAUUCAGGGAUUUUACUGGAAGGAGCCUCAGAACAAUCUGUUGAGGCUCAUUGGCAUCCACUAGGCCUUGAUAUAUCACAGAGCCUUUUCAAAGAUCGGAUCUGAUUUUGUCUUAAGGAGCUCACUGUUGGUGCAAGUUUUCGACUUUCACAUAGCCAAGUUUCCUCUGAACCUGUGAAUUUUUUAUUCUUUUCUUCUAUUUUUGAAGGAAGAGCAAGGAUGAAAUGCUUGAUGUACAUACACAAUAACAAGUGAAUGGGCUGUUCAUGUAAUAAAUAUUUGGUUUGUGAAGUUAGAAGAGA